AUGGCUCUCCCUAAUCCGAAGGAGAACCAAAUGUUGAUGGAGUAUUCCGCUCCUACGAUGACAACCUCUCCUUCAUGCAUCGUUCGUCCGCAAAUUGCUGCUAACAACUUUGAGUUGAAGCCAUCAUUUAUUCAAAUGAUGCUGUCAUUUUAUGGCUUGUUAACCGAAGAUCCCAAUUUGCAUAUCAAUGAGUUUCUUGAGAUAUGUGACACUCUCAAGAUCCAUAAUAUGACGGAUGAAGCCAUUAGAUUAUGUUUGUUCCAGUUCUCACUGAAAGACAAGGUGGAGACUUGGCUCCAAUUCCUUCCACCCAACUCGAUCACAACUUGGAAUGACUUGGCAAGCAAAUUUUUGCAAAAAUUGUUCCCUCCUUCCAAGACUGCUAAGUUGAGGAAUGACAUAAUGACUUUUGCUCAAUUCCAUAGGAUGACAAAUGCUGCUAGUGGGGGUGCUCUAAUGACAAAGACCGUUGAUGAAGCUUCUGCAAUAUUCAAUACAUUGUCCGCUAAUUCUCAAAGUUGGGGUAUAGAUAGAAAAUUACCGAAGAAGGCUGGAUAUACAUUCAAGUAUAGAUUGUCCUAUAAGCAGUUCUUUCCGGAGUUUAUUCAAGAGCAAGCCAAUCAAGUAAACAACUUCAACCACCAACAGUUUGAUCCAUUUUCAGACAAAUAUAAUCCUAGUUGGCGUCAUCAUCCAAAUUUUGCUUGGAAGAACAAUCAACAGAAUCACGUGAACCCAUUUAUACCAUUCCAAAACCAUGAAGCCAAAAAGAAUUCCAUGGAAGAUAUGAUGGCUCAGUUGGCUCAAACUACCAACACUCUUGCUCAGAACACCAACAAUUUCAUGCAAGCAACUCAGACUUCUCUACAAAAUCAGCAAGCAUCCAUGCGCAAGCUAGAGGAGCAAGUUGGUCAAAGUGCCAAUGCGAUGGUUGAGAGAGAGAAGGGCAAAUUUCCAAGUCAAACUGAGAUCAAUCCCAAAAACCAAGAGCAAGUCAAGGCCAUCACACUCCGUAGUGGGAAAAUUUUAGAGAAAAAGAGUGAAGGAAAAGUGGACCCGGUUGAAAAGUUGGUAACUAGCAUCACUAAACCACAAGAGGAAGAGCAAGUACACAAGAAAAAAGUUUCUCCACCUAUUUCGUAUCCUCAACGGUUACAAAAGGCUAAGAAAGAUCAACACUUUUCUGACAUUUUUGAAUUGUUUAAAAGAGUGAAUAUUAACAUUCCUUUGCUUGAUGCAGUGAAACAAAUCCUGAGGUAUGCAAAAAUUUUUAAGGACGUGUGCACCAAGAAGAAGAGAUUCGCUAAGCAUGAGACGGUGAUGUUAUCUGAAGAAUGUUGUGUGGUGCUACAAAAGAAAUUGCCACCUGAGUUGAAAGAUCCAGGGAGUUUCACUAUUCCUUGCACAAUUGGAAAUACUUAUUUUGAUAAAUCUUUAUGUGAUCUGGAUUUUGUGGUUCUUGAUAUGGAAGAAGAUCGUGAAAUCCCGAUUAUCCUAGGCAGGCCAUUCUUGGCCACUGCAGAUACUGUAAUUGAAGUUCGAAAGGACCUAGUCACAUUGCGAGUACAAGGAGAGCAUGUGGUGUUUAAAGUUUUUGAAGCUAUUAAGUGUUCGAAUGAGGCAGAGUGUUUUGAAGUCAAUUUUCUAAACAAGGAGGUGAAUGUGGAUGUCAAAUCCAAUGCCAUCAAUUAUGCACCUCUUCUCAUUGAUCUUGCUUAA